AUGUCGUAUUCGAACACGACUGCGGCAACGAGUAGCCUAGAUGGUACGACUGGCUUCGAGCUGCCAGCUCCAGCACGCACGUCAUCUAGGCUCGAGCUCCUCCUCAACCUCGUCGCCUCAUCUUCUUCCGACCCAACCCAAGCAGACGAUGUCCUCACCAUCAUCAGCCAGUCGGGUCUGUUUGCCCAUAUCCCACACGAUGAAACGCAGCACAAGCUCACUGUCCGCAUCAACGCACUAAUUUCGUCUCAGAAUGCGCUGGGCUACCGGCUGGCGCAUCUCUGGAUUCAGCAGGAUCCUUCUGCCUGGAACGACCACCUCAUUCAGAACGCUUCCACUUGGGCUACACAAAUCGUCAAUCUCCUAUCGGCCCCCGAAAAGCUCCUGCUGCAGCGAGCCCAGUCGGAGAUUCUCCUCGCUGCUGCACUUGAAUUCGCCACGACGCAUCUCUUCCCUGAAAACAUCGCAUCAAGACAAGAAUUUUACAGACAGGUUGUGCAUCCCAACCUCCCCAAAUUUACCGUAGGAUUAUCACAGCUGCUUGAGAAGAUCGCUUCAAACCAAGAGCUCGAGGGUGCUGCCGCAUUUGCCAGCCACCUGCCCGCCGUCUUGGUCUUCCUCAACCGCCUUCUUCACGCCCAUCCAGCACAGUUCAGGCCUGUUUCAUCGCGCAUCCACGAUUGCGUCGCCUCGUUGCUUUACCGCGACGACUCCAAUUCGACUCCUCAGCCUGUGUUUACUGCCGCAGCAGCCGUUCUCUCUUCUCUGCAUCUUACGGGUGCCCUUGCUUCCAAAGGUAGCGAAGCUUCGGGUGGAUCGGCCCGCACGACACAGUCUCAACUCUGGCAGGCUACACUCAACAACCAGGUUCACCUCGCCACCGAAGCGUGGCGCCACGCCACCUCAAGCUACCAGGCUAUUGACGCGUCUCAACUCGACACCGCUGCAGAGGAGGCUGUGGCUUCGGGUCACAAGCAUCUCAGCCCAUACCCGAGAGAUACGUUAGAAGCAACCAAGUUGGCGCACGCGAGGAUUGCGCUGCUCCUUGGCAGCCGUCAGCGCACAGGGCUAAUCAACUCGCAUCUCCGAGCUGCUACGUCUCGCCCCGUGCCUAUAGCGCUAGGCAAGCUCAUCACGCUCGCCAUGGACAUGCUCAGGCUCGACCUCACCAGCAGGUUCAAACCCACCGCCGAAGCCAAAGUAUGCUCGUUGCAGGCAGCUCACCUUCUGACGCUCCACACGCGGGCACUCGCACUCGUUGCCCAGCUUUCCAUCACUGCGCCGGCUGCCAUCCCUCUCGAGGCAUCGCGAGUGCUGGGAGAGAUCUGCCGUUUUGUGGAGGCAGACACCGGCGCUAUGGCUUCGAAUCUGGCAAGUGCUAGGGUCAAGUUGGCUGCGAUGCGUACUUUGGCCGUGCUUGUGGGGAAGCAGGGGAUUGCGCUCCCGCUCGAUCCGGCGGGACGAAUCACGUUGCGUCUUGCACGCCUUGCAGUGACCCAGAUGGCCAGAGCCAUUCUCCGACCCAGGCAGGCUUCGUCGGCGGGGACCAGCUCUGGAAGCGAUGCAAGGAAAGCCAAGAAGGCGCGUCUGUACGAGUCUGACGACAUGUUUGCCUCGAGCGGCUCGCUCAAGGAUCACAUCCACACUUUGAGUGUCGAAGAAAUUGCGUCGACCCAGGCCGCUCUUCAGAUUCUCGUCGCCGUCUACCCACUUCUUUCCACCGCCUUGAGCGCGGCCCAUUACGACCAGAUGCAGCUCUCCAUCCAGACAGUCCUAGCACUCGUCGAAGCACUUGCAGAUUCGACCUACACGCACUCGGUCUCACUUCGGAGCAAGAGUGCCGGUUCUGGCGCACCCACUACAGUAGAGCUGCUGCAAGAGGCUAUCCAAGCUCUCGCAGAUGUGUGCCUUGACUCGGCAUCUAGUACGCUCGCCUUAGUGCUGCCGCGAGCCGUUCCUGUGUUGAGCAGGAUCGCAAACGCGCCAAGCGGAGCUGGAAGUGGCAGCGUUCGAAGCGUGGCAGAACGCGCAGUGAUGGCUGUGCACGCCAGCAGGAAGGGCAAAUUUGUUCCUGUCGCCAAGGGUGUUGGGUUCGGACCGCGUGCAUCGGAUGACAUGGAAGCCGCGCCCGAAGGAGCCAAGCUCGCUGGUGCUUCCGCUGUGGGACACGCGAUCCCGGCCACAAGCGAGGCGUUCGGAGCCGGCAUUCUCGGUGCCACUAGCGCUGUGCUUGGCGGCCUUGCUGGGACUGCGGCCAAAGGAGACGAUGAAGCGGCGGAGACAACCAAUGCAGGCGGUGAGGCACGGAUGGACGUUGAUGCCAUCACGGCUGAAUCGGCCGAGCUGUUCAGUGCCACGGGCUCGGACGCUGCUACCGCUGCCGCUGUACCUGCUGUUCAUUCUUCUUCGACGUCCGCGUUGGGACUGGGCCUUCCUACGUCGCCCCGUCGCGCUCCCACAGAAAAACGCAUCCUCUCCCCUGACCCGGUGAAGCCAUCGCACCGACCGACCACGCCGCGCAUCGGCAGCCCGUCGACCGCGCAUCUCCCGGCCCACUCGCGCACUGGGUCGCCCAGCCUCGACGCUGCCAACGCCGGCACCAACGGAGGCGGCGCCAGUGCGUUCCUCAGCCCCGGGAGACUACCUUCAUCGACAAGGUCGAGUUCUGCCGCUGCUGCUCCGGUUGCGUUGCCUGUCACGGAUGCUGCACUGGCAGCAGCUGCUGAAGUGGUCGAGACGCCUGAUGUGGCUGAAGCGGUGCAAGGGAUUGUUGAUAGCGCGGAUAAGGUUCCGGGUGUAGAGACGGCGGGGGUGAUUGAGGCCGAGGCGGUGUUGUCCAGGAGUGGAGACGACGAGGAGGAGGAUGAUGACGAUGAAGAGAUGCCGGCGAUCGACAUGGAUGAUUCGGACGACGAAGAAAAGGAUGAAUACGAGGCCUAG